GCACCGAUGGUAUUUGGUGGAUCAUCAAACAGGGUGACCAGCAGUGUUCACCGAGGAAAGAGAAUGCACUCGCCACCACUCCGAUUCAUCCAAGUGGGCGUUAGCUGCGCCGCGCCUAUUGUGUUUUAGUAUUCCAUGGACGCACACUAGCGUUCUCAGCGAUUGUGGAGCCACAACAUAUCUUCAUGCGGCGUUGCACUGUCCAAGAGCAGAAACGUCAGCAGUGACCCAUCAUCAUACAUGUAGAUUUGGAGUAUACACACCAUGCGCCAAUGGGCCUUGGCACAACAGCGGCAGCUCUACGGAGUGUUCAAGUGAGAAACAUUUGUUUCGACUUUGGUGGACGAACAAAUCGUCGGUGCCGAAAAACGUGGCCUGCGCCGAUGGUGUUUGAACCAUCGAGGGCUCCGGAAGCAGCAGCUGAGCCAGAUCAGCCAGUCUUGCCAACUCUCAGUUGCCGGACUCCGUGCUGCAGCGAGCAGCACUGGCACCAGCUGGAAAUAUUUUUCCGCCGAUACCCGUUACUUCCAGUUCUGUCAAGGGCAUAACUGGAAUCCAUUGCCAGGUGAUGACUUUUUACUUUGUGUUAUUUUGCUGCCGAGUUGUUCAGAACUUUUCAGCCCCGAUCUGUCCAUGUCGGCCAUCCGCAAACUUCAUGUGGAAGUUGGCUUUACCUACACGUCGGGCCCAAUGACUCUCCUCGCAAGGUUCCUGUCGGGCAUCAACAGGUCAUCAUCGACACAGCGUCAUCGCCUGCUGAUAACCACUCAACUUCUCAGGGAGAUUAGCCGGCAUGUUGCCUUUCCACGGAUGUGGCACCCUCAUGACAAGGCCAUGCUAAGGGCAAACUGACUGCUUUAUUUUAGCUUUACAUUACCGCAGUCAGUCCAGCACAAUACGCCAAUCGUAUUUCACUAUUACUCGCUUGUCAUAAUUGGGGAUAUGGGCUGCUCCGCCCUAUAUCCCUGAUAUGCCAACUAGACGAAAAGUGUGUUCUGAGCCUGUAUCGCGUAUAAUAGGCUCAUCGUAAAACAAAUAAUAAGUCUUAAAAAUCAGGGUUCACGUGACACUCGGGUUCCAGCCAAGUUUUCCGCAUCCGCAGGAACGCUACCCCCCCCCCCCCCCCCCCCCCCUCUUGAAUCAUAGCAUAGUGGACUCUGCAAUGAACAGAUUUAUAUGAAACUCCCUGCAGAUUUACUACGGUCAUCUCUGGUGACUGGUCUUGGGGCACCGUGGAAGCUGUGACUGGUUGCCAAGUUUUGUUUUGUGACUGAUCAUGGGGCAUUUGUGACUACUUCGAAGCACAGCUCUGAUUGAUCACAAAGUCUUACUGUUGUGAAUAUUUAUAUCGAUUGAGAAGUCAAGCAGCCACGGGGCGCUGGCCUUGCAGCUGUGAGUAUGCAUACGGUACAUAUUCACAUGACUCUAUCGUAUGCUGGACACUGCUGGUCCAUUGUUGCAGUGUGUAAGUGAACUGCAGAACCUAUUCCGUGAUGAAAUGCCAGCACACCUGCCCCACCAUUGCUCCGGCACUGAUCAACAGCUACCGCAGCCCGACUCGGCUGUUUGUGGAUGGUGAAUGUCUCCUGUCUUGUGAAGGCACCACGCAGGGAGAUCCACUAGCCAUGGCUAUGUAUGCCCUGGCAACCGUUCCUCUCAUCCAGGAAGUGUCUCAGAGCGGAGCACUCCAGUCGUGGUAUGCAGACGACUCCACUGCCGCUUCCACCAUUCGAAAGCUGCAUCACUGGUGGUUACUGCUUAAGCAACGAGGCCCAGCAUAUGGGUACUUCCCCAAUGAUGCCAAGUCGGUUCUUGUUGUGAAGCCGGAGCAUCUUCAGGAAGCAGAAUCCCUGUUUGCUGACACGGCAGUCCAGAUUCGCACGGAUGGCUGGCGGCAUCUCGGUGCGGUACUUGGGUCUCCCGAAUUCUGCAAGCAAUAUGUCACAGAGAAGGUAGAGACAUGGGCGCUAGAGGUUGGACGACUGGCUGACUUCGCCACCACUCAGCCACAAGCGGCAUACGCUGCUUUUAUUCAUGGCCUCCGCCACAAGUGGUCGUUUGUGGCCCGGACGGUCCCAGGCAUCAGCGGACUGCUAGACCCGCUGGAGCACUCCAUCCGACAGCGGUUCAUCCCUGCUCUAACCAGUCGCCCCGCACCUGGUGACGAAGAGCGCGCCAUACUGUCCCUCCCGUGUCGAGAAGGUGGUCUUGGUCUCAUUGACCCGAGGUCUUUGACGGACCAAUACAAUAUGUCUGUCGUUGUCACCAACAUCCUCGUGAGCCGGAUACUGGACCAAGAUACCAACAUGGACGAAGUGCCCACCACCAUCCAUGCUGCCAAGCUAACUGCAGCAGCAGCAACCAGGAGAGCCGCUCGAGACCAAGCCAGUCAGCUCUUGGCCACAUGUGAUGCGCCCACCCAGCGAACCCUGGGGAUGGCGGCCGAGAAAGGAGCGUCCAACUGGCUCACUUGCCGGCCCCUGAAGCAGUUCGGAUUUGUCCUCCACAAAGGCGCCUUCAGAGACGCACUCUGUCUGCGGUUCGGCUGGGUCCCUCCCCGCCUGCCAUCCACUUGCGGCGUUGCACUGUCCAAGAGCAGAAACGUCAGCAGUGACCCAUCAUCAUACAUGUAGAUUUGGAGUAUACACACCAUGCACCAAUGGGCCUUGGCACAACAGCGGCAGCUCUACGGAGUGUUCAAGUGAUAAACAUUUGUUUCGACUUUUGGUGGACGAACAAAUCGUCGGUACUUUUGGUGGACGAACAAAUCGUCGGUGCCGAAAAACGUGGCCUGCGCCGAUGGUGCUUGAAACAUCAAGCAUGGUAUGUGGUGACUGUCAGUGUUGAUUGAGGAAGGAGAACACUCAGGCCGUCGACCGUUCAUCCAUUUCGUUAGCUGCACCAAGUCUAUUGUGUCCUUGUAUUCCAUGGGCACACAAUCAUGAAGCAUGGCGUCUGAGCUGUGUUCACAGAGCGGGGAGAUGCUCUUGCUGCUAUCUUAUCUGUCCUGUGUAUUCCCAAGUGCCGAAGGCUCACAACGAUGGUGUUGGACAAGUCAGAUAAAAUAGAGUCAACAUCGUCACACGGUGCUGUGACCAAGAUACGGAUCAUGCCGAACGCUGAUUCAACUGGACGAAUCGCGAGGCUUUUCAGAUGCAGGGACACAAUGGAAACUGAAUGACUUCAGAACAGCACUGAAGCGUUAUGUUAUCAUGCAAGACGCCUUUCUGCGCCGCACAAACACAGGCGGUACUACAGCAGAAGAUGUCACUCACUAUUCUGCAGGUGCACUGGUGACAGGCGCAUGCAAGUUCACCAGAAGGAAGCGGUCUGAUGUUAACUGGAAUGCCAGCAGUAUGAGAGGGUGUGCAUUCUGCGGCGGAUCUCACCUGGACAAGAGCUGCGCGAAAUACACAACAGUAGCACAGCGGAAAGAAUAACUGAUUGAACAGAAGCGUUGCUUUGUGUGUUUGCGCACAGGGCACCGGUCAACUCAGUGCAAGGCCACCCGCAAGUGUAAUGUGUGUUCUCGCAUGGGUCACCAAUCAGAGUCACCAUCAUGUCACGAUCUGCCCUGAAUCUCAACAGAAAUCUUACAGCAGUACCAACAUGGUAGCUGACCAGCCUGUGGCUGACGAGGUACCAGCAUCUAGCGCAACAGCAGCUAGUGCAGCAUCAACCAGUAUCACCAUUGACCGUAAGAUAGUCAGUCGUCUUGAUCGGUGCAGAUUUCCUCUGGGAGUCUUGACGGGGAGCACCAGAGGACUUCCGCCAGGACUACAGUUUCUGCCUACCACAGUCGGUUUUGUGGUGACUGGCCGAACACGUCACUCCAAGCACUCAGCUACGCCGAUGAGCAGCCAUGCCAGCUAUCGUUUCUCAAACUGAUGCAACUUCCGACUCCUGCACCAUCCCAGAUCUGUGGGACCUAGACUGUGUUGACAUCCAGGAUUCAGGCAAUCUUACUAACAACGACCUAGCCAUUAGGCAAUUCAUCAUUGUUCUACGAUUUUGCCUGCCACCAAUCGUCAUGACCUGCGAUACUGAGAAGGCCAUUUUACAAAUCAGUGCCAACCCAGCAUACAGAGAUGCGACACGAUUUCUGUGGUUCGCCAACUCCGACAGUCCAUCAGUCACCCCAUCCAGCCUGUUCACGCUCAUAAGCAGUCCAUUUCUGCUUGGCGCGUCUAUACAGCAUCAUUUGGCACAGCAAGAUGACAAAACAGCUAGCAGUGGCUAUUGGUGAGAACAUUUUCUGCUGUGCCAUUGGAGUGUGCACGAUACAUGAACCCUGCUCUUUUGUUGGCACCGCCUAUGUAACUUACUGCAUAGGGUGCAAGGUGACUGUUGUCGGUUUACAUGUACUACAGUUAUUACACCGUGCAUGCACUGAGUCUGUGCUGCACUGUGCAUCCAUAGGUGUUCGUUUGCGGUAGCGCAAGGUGACACGCAAGGUUGAUGGAUUGUUUUGUCCGCUGCUAAUCGAAGCUCUCGGAGUCGAAAGCGUUACCUCUGUUUCCCCUGUUCCUCCCUGCGCGGAGUCUGUAGUUCUGGCUUGCAGUCGCUGUUACAUGCAUGUUGGCAGUUGCAUGUGUUUUGGUUUUCAGUUGUCUUUAUUUGUUUUGUGUGGACGACAGUUCAAUAUUCUAGCAGUUGUUGCACUUCCUGCAUUCCGUAGUUAUCUGCGGUUGGUGUUCGAGAGAGCAAACUGUGUUCUUCUCCAGAGUGGAGUAAACCA